AUGGAAGCCACGCGAGAGGAGCGGCAGCAAAUGCGGCAGCGUGGAGCUGGGACGCGCAAAGCAAGAGAGGUCAAUUUUGGGUUCUCAUUUGGUAGCCCAGCGCUUGGAUUAUCAGCGCCCGCACCGAUUGCGACUGUCCCUGAAGCUCAGAAUCCUCCGCGAACACAGACCGCGCCCAACACAACACCGUUAAAGGUAUCGCAGCGAGGUUCACUAGCCCAGGGGACUGAGCGCACACCGGGAAGUGCGCGCAACAAGCUCCCAGAAAGACCCUCGACAUAUGAAAUACCCUCCUCGGACGAUAGACCUGAACGAACGCGAAGCAACAAGAGGAGAAAGAUCGGUUCUACGAAUGUAGUAGAAGAUACUCCUUCACGUCGGAAUGGCGGGCGAUCUCAGAAUGGCGAUCCACACCCUGUUGAUAAAAAUGCAGGUAGCACAGAGCCUCAAACAAGCCACAUCCAGGAACCGCCGAAUACAGACGUAUCUCUUCAAUCAGAAAUAACCAACAACAAAUCCCCGCAGCCUCCCAUCUCACCCCUUCCGGAGACCUCGGUCGAAGAUCAACCCCCAAGAGAAGAGGAGACCAAUGUCGUGAACCCAACAAGACCAGCCACUGAAGAGUCACUAGCCCAAAGUACAUCUCCAGUAUAUGGUCCUACGGCGCCUGCAGUAGCAGAAAAAUCACAAGCGCCACUUCCAUCACCUCAACCUCGGCUUGGUGUCGAACAGCCUGAAUACAUAGAGCAACUACUUCCCGAGAAACAACAUAACGCUCGGCCACCACCAAGGCCUGAGGAGCGAAUUCAAAGAGUCAAGAAGAAUCAGCGGGCUACCACAGAAACCGAUUCUCCUGUUGAUCAGACAGAUAAAUCUGCCUCAGAAGCUUUGUUACCACGUGGCAGCUCUGCCGAGGCUCUUAAAGCUAGCCAUACGCCGACUACUGAUGAUGUCGAUAUGACUGACAAUGGUCUACCAUCCGAUGAUGCACCAGAGCAAGACCGCCAGCCGUCUCAAGGGCUUUCUACGAAGACGAAAAAGCCUCGGGGUCGCCCGCGGCAUCAACCCACUGAGAACAACACACUAGAAUUGCAUAACGUAACCGCUGUACAAGAUCCGACAACCCAGGCGCAGGAUGAGCCUGCAGCAGCCCAAGUUGAGGAGGCCCCCAAGACCAAACGACCUCGUGGAGGACCCUUACUCAACAAGGAGACCAUUGAAGCUAUCGAGACUGAGAAGAUUUCCCCUGAACCUAUACCAGAUGUUGCAGGGCCCUCUUCGGGGCCACGUCGGGGUCGCAAGCCAACGUCCCAAAAGGAUGACCAACCCGAAAGUGUGGUGGAAUCUGCAGUGCCCAAGCUACAACAUGGCAGGCUUGGGAAGAAAGCGAAGCAAGCAGUGGAGCCUGAGCCUGUGGCGGCAAACCAAACAGAGCCAGAAGCAGAAUCUGCGACACACAAGUCCCGUGGUAGACCUGGGAAGAAAGCGAAACGCGCCGUCGAAACUGACACCGAAUCGGAGCCUGAAGAUGCGACGGCAGAGCAGCCAGAACCAGUGGCAGAAUCUGCGGUACCUAAGUCUCGCGGCAGACACGGGAAAACGACUAAACACACAGCCGAACCUGUGCCCGAGCCCGAGCCAGAAAAUCAACCAGAAUCCGAAGUUGAAUACGCAGUCCCGAAGUCUCAACGUGGCAAGCUUGGCAAAAACGCUAACCGCGCAAUGGAGUCGGAGGUGGAGCCCGAGGCGGAAUCUGCAGUACCCAAGACUCAACGUGGUAAACCCGGAAAGAAGACGCAGCGCGCAGUGGAGCCCGAGCUCGAGUCUGAACCCGUAACAGAAGACCAGCCGGAGCCUGAAGCCGAAGCGGAAUCUGCAGUACCCAAGUCACAACGCGGCAGAACUGGAAAGAAGCCUAGUCGCGCAGUGGAGCCUGAGCCGGAACACGAGUCAGAGUACCAGCCCGAGCCUGAUGCUACACAAGAACAGCCUCGUCGCAAGACUCGAGAGCCCCGUGGGGAAACAGUCCCGGUCACCGUUUAUCGUCUUGCGAAUGUCAAUUCUCUCGGUGGUGCGGCAUCCACGGCCAACGAAUCUGGAGACGAAGAUGAAUCCGCCGAUGAACUUACCACGCACCAAAGGGCCAAGAUGCCCAACCGCGGUGGUGUCAACCCGGCCGACGUAUUGAGCCAGAUCUGCCGCGAGACUCUGGAGAAGACACUCAACACACUCAAGGAUGGGAUUGCGAACGAGGCAAAUGCUACGCGACGUGCAGAGUGGUCGCGGAAGAGAAAAGCCGUUGAAGUUUAUGGCUCGGAGCUUGAGAGCCGUCUCAUGGACCUAAGUGGGAUCCUCGAUAGCAAUUUCGUACUUGGCGUGCAAUUGAAGAAGACUAAGCGGGAGAUGAUGGAUCUCCGGAACCAUCUAUACCGUGUCCGUCGAGAACGCGAGAACAUAGCUUUGCAGAUGGAUGCAGUGCGCAGCAGACAUAUUGAAGAGGAGAAGGCGAAAUUGUCACGAUCCACGAUCAGCAAUUCCCUCCACAGCCUUGAACUGGCCCUCGAUCGCAACAGGCAACGUUCUGCUUCUGCUGCGGAUUCUUCUCCGGAUCUUGAAUUCAUGCUUCGCACUGUUGCCGAUGUGAGUUCCCGAGCCCCUGGAGCGCAAGGCGGUCUCUUGAACCAAAUCCGGGCGUUCAACGCACAGCUCGAAGCUACUGUUGGUCGCCUGGAGCGAUGA